AUGGCAAUAGAAUUAUGCUCUGAAUUAUCCAUCACUCCAGGAAUCAGCCCUAGAAUCUCAUUCUCACACGAUCUAAAAUCCUCAACCGGUUCAAUCCCGGUCGAAGCUCCCCACAUUCAAUCCGAUUUACGUCUCCUAGACUCCACCGCCUCCGAUUUCGUAUUCACCAUCACCAAUACAUUAUCUCAACAACUCUCUUCAGCAGAUGAACUCUUUUCAGACGGAAAGAUCAUUCCAUUGGAGAUAAAAAACAUUAUCUCCAAUGAAAAAAUCCUUCUAACUAAAAAAAGUUCAUCACCUGAUAAAUUCUUUCAGCCUCUUCUAAAAACUCAUCAGAAGAGGCUGAAAGAAUUCUUAUCAGAUGAAACAGACACCGAAGAAGAAAAAUCAACCUCAACAUCCAAACAUUUCUGGCAAUUCAAAAGAAGUAGUAGCUUAAACAUUGAUACAUCUCGACGGAGUAGCUUGAUUCGAUCAUUACAAUUCCUAUCGAGGAGCAAUUCAACGGGUUCAGCGCCGAAUCCAAAAACACAGAAGCAGAAUUUGCAGAAACAAUCCUCUGUUUCAAGUAGUAGAAGAUCUUCGUCUUCAUCUUCAACUUCAAGUACAUACUAUUUCUAUAGUUCUUCCAGUAAACAUUCAUUGAAGAAAUCUUCUAGUAAUGGUGUUAGAAUUAGUCCUGUUUUGAAUCUACCGCAAAGUUAUAUUCCUAAAGCUACUGGAAGUUUUUUUGGAUUUGGUUCAUUGUUUUGUAAAGGAAAAAGUAAGAGAAAUAAAAAAUAG